UAGUUCAUCACAGGAAAAAGAGUGGUUUAAUAUAUAAACUAUUCUGACUAUAAAUGCCCUGGAAAUAUCUCACCCUCUUUGAAUGUGCAGGUGAUGCCUGCUACUGGUGGUGAUUUGUUUCUGAAGGGAGGGCAUGAGUCAUCAAACUGUGGUGUGUGGCUCCAGGCCUGGCAUGCUCAUACUUUCCCUCUGUAUGUUUCCAGACCAUCCGCCUCUUUCUGUCCCCACUGUUUCUGCCUUGCUCUGGGCUGCUGUUGUCUCAGCUGUGCUUUCUGAAGCCACCCUCACACAGCAGCCAAGUGCACGUCCUAAGGUGUAGAUCUGCUCAUAUCACAUCUCUGCUUCAGUCCCUUUUCUAGCUCCUCCAGUCAUGAUACAUCCACACUCCAGACUCUGUUUCUGGCCCUGCCUGGAAGCCAACAUGGCCAGAUGGCCUGGAUUGAGUCCCAGUUGGCUCCAUCACAUGCUGGUUGUGUGACCUUGGGCAAGCUUCUCUCUGCCUCAGCUUCCUCAUCUGAAAAAUGGCGGUGAUGAUAAUAGAACCCUGCCUCAUAGAGUCAUGCUACCAGAGAUUCACUGACUGCUACAAGCGCUUCUACCAGUUGCAGCCUGAGAUGACACAGCGAAUCUAUGACAAGUUUGUAGCUCAGUUGCAGACAUCUAUCCGGGAGGAAAUCUCUGACAUCAAAGAGGAGGGGAACCUGGAAGCUGUCUUGAAUGCCUUGGAUAAAAUUGUGGAAGAAGGCAAAGUCCGCAAAGAGCCAGCCUGGCGCCCCAGCGGGAUCCCAGAGAAGGAUCUGCACAGUGUCAUGGCACCCUACUUCCUGCAGCAACGGGACACCCUGCGGCGCCACGUGCAGAAACAGGAGGCCGAGAACCAGCAGCUGGCAGAUGCCGUCCUGGCAGGGCGGAGGCAAGUGGAGGAGCUGCAGCUACAGGUCCAGGCCCGGCAGCAGGCCUGGCAGGCUCUACACAGAGAACAGAGGGAGCUGGUUGCUGUGCUGAGGGAGCCCGAGUGAGGAGACCGCCAGCCCCAGAAGCAGAGGGCAGUCAAGGUCAAGAGCCUGUGGUCCAGCAUGCCUGGCCUGGGCGGGCUGCCUCUGAGAAUGGCUGAAAUGGUGCCCAGUCCGUCAGCAGUGAUGGAAUUUGCUGGAGGACUAGACCAGAGCAAGUCUCACUGCCACUGUGCCUUUGGGGCACCCUUGGGGUUGGACACACACCCCCUUUAGAUUCCUCUGUUUCUUCUACCUGGAUAAUUCUUGGCCAUGUUCUCUCUUCUCUAGGUUCAGGUCAGCUCUGCCCCUCCGCCCCACUCCUGCUGGUUCCUCAGCCCUUUUCCCUGGGCCUGGCUUGGAGAAUCUGUUUUCAAUCUCCACUGAUUGCCCCCUUGCUGGCCAGCGCAGGGGCCUUUACCAUGUUCUCCCCACAUCCGUAAAUAAACUUCCUCCACUACACUGUAA